GUUUAUAUCUCCGAUACCGUCAAACUAUUUCCUUUUGUUAUCUGUUAUUUUCCUGUAUAGCAUUCGUGAAUUUGCCUUCAUGUCUCUGUGGUUUUGAUCAUCUUCUGAAUGAUGGGAAACUUAUGAAUUGCUCCGCGAAUGCUUCCGCAUGACAAUCUAUUUGUAAUUCGUUGAUUAUUGCUUCGUAAAACUGCAUAACUCCACUCCAUUUCAAGUUCCAGGCUUCGGUGAUUGAGGCCUUCUUUCAUAGAAAAUUUCUUGAUGGAUAGCUUACCGGAACAUAUAGUCUGGGAGAUAUUGACGAGGUUAAAGCAAACCAAAGACAGAAACUCUGUUUCACUGACAUGCAAACGCCUUCACCACUUAGAUAAUGCACAAAGAUAUUCUCUAAAGGUUGGGUGUGGAAUGGAUCCUGCCAAUGAUGCCUUGACGUCCCUCUGCAAUAGGUUUAUCAGCUUGUCAAAAGUAGAGAUAACGUAUUCUGGUUGGAUGUCUAAACUAGGAAAACAAUUGGAUGACCAAGGGCUUCUCAUUCUUGCAUAUCGGUGCCCUUCUCUGUCUGAUCUCACCUUGAGCUACUGCACAUUCAUCACUGAUGUAGGUCUGCGCUGCUUGGCUUCGUGUUCCAAACUGUCAUCUUUGAUGUUAAAUUUUACACCCAGAAUCACUGGCUGUGGUAUACUGUCUCUUGUCAUGGGUUGCAAGCACCUCUCAAGCCUUCAUCUCAUCAGAUGCCUCAAUGUAAGCAGUGUUGAGUGGCUCGAAUACCUUGGCAAGCUUGAAACACUUGAGGUUCUCUCGAUUAAAAAUUGCAGGGCAAUCGGGGAGGGUGAUUUAAUAAAGCUUGGCCCUGGUUGGAAAAAGCUGAAAAGGUUACAAUUUGAAGUGGAUGCUAAUUACCGAUAUAUGAAGGUCUACGAUCGAUUAUCUGUGGAUGGGUGGCAAAAGCAAUGUUUUCCAUGUGAAAAUAUGCUGGAGCUAAGCCUGGUGAAUUGCAUUAUCAGCCCUGGGAGAGGCCUUGCUUGUGUGCUGGGGAAGUGCAAGAACUUGGAAAACAUUCACUUAGACAUGUGUGUUGGGGUAAGGGACUCUGACAUUAUUUCUUUAUCUGAAAGGUCAAGUAAUUUGAAGUCAAUUUCCUUCAGAGUUCCAUCUGAUUUUUCCUUACCCUCCUUUGUGAACAACCGGUUGACACUAACAGAUGAGAGUCUGAAAGCUAUAGCUCAAAACUGUUCAAAUCUUGAAUCUGUUAGGAUCUCUUUCUCUGAUGGGGAGUUCCCCUCAUCUUCUCUAUUUAGUUUAAAUGGAAUCCUUUGUUUAAUGGAAAGGUGCCCUGUUGUCGAGCUCUCUCUCGACCAUGUAUAUUCCUUCAAUGAUAUGGGAAUGGAAGCUCUUUGCUCAGCAGAGUAUCUUGAAUCCUUGAAACUUGUGAGAUGCCAGGAAAUUAGUGAUGAAGGGCUACAGCUUGUAAGCCAGUUUCCGAGAUUGCGCAUUUUACAUUUAAGCAAGUGUUUAGGAAUUUCUGAUGAUGGGUUGAAGCCACUUGUUGGAUCAUUCAAACUGGAUUUGUUGGCUGUGGAAGAUUGUCCUCAGAUUUCUGAAAGGGCUGUUCAAGGAGCAGCAAAAUAUGUUUGUUUCAGGCAAGACUUAUCUUGGAUGUACUGAAUUUGCUGGUUUGUAUGACCGUUUUUAUAUCCAGAGUGCUUGUUAUUGCAUCUAUUCUCAGUGUAGAGUUAAUUCCAAUGUAAUUCGAUCAACUGUCAUUCAAAAUAUGUGAUCUUAUCAUAAUGUAAUUCAUGCUUUACAGCCAAAUGGUAUGCUUCACAUGUGAUGUGCAUUUGAGCUUUUUAGGUUGAAACCGUGGAUCAUCAAACAUGUAAAGAUGCAGCAUUGAGGUCAAACUUGAGAUUGGAUGGAACUCCCGGUAGUCAAAGCUUUUCACCUGUGGUUGAUAUGGAAAAACCUAUUUAUUUUGAAUUAUUAUAUGCUCAUUGCUUUUCACCUGAGGUCCAAGAAAUGUGUGUUGA